GCCUGAGACAGACCCAUGUUACAGAACAUCGAUGUAUAUGUGCUGAAUGGUGAUGUGGUGAUCGGCCUCGGUCCUCGGGACUGCUUGACAAUCGCCGUUCUUUUGGAUGAAAUCUGACGAUGUCAUACCAUGCACACGUAAAGGAUUCAUACGUUGGUUAUUACACGAAGUGGAGGAGGCGGGGUUACCUUGUGAUCCCUCAGCGCAACAAGUGCAACUGCCUUUUGGGCAGCAGGUGUCAGCACGCAAGAGAUGCGGAUAUAGACUUCAACGUACUGUCUCAAGUCCAGAACCGGGUUGUUAUUGAUGCGAGGUGGAGGGAGGCGCACUGGCAACAAUCAAUGGAGCUAAAUAAUCCGGUGUCCCGAGGCCCAAUCUUCUCAACGACCUGCAAGCGAUCCGUCAAUACAGCGCGGUGCGUGGAUGGGCCCAGGUGAAGAAUGCGGGGUAAUGUGGGGUAAAUAAAUUUCCUUGAAUAGCUGUCAUCGCCGUCUCUGCGCCCUCUCA